UUGCGUCUGCCUGUUCUUGUAAGCGAGAGACUAUAAUUUGUAGCCGGUGGUCUGAAAGCGUGUUUAACUAUACUUCAGUCAUGGCCAGAGAUAUGAAAGACUUUAUAGAAAAUAUGCCAAAUCCCGAUGCAAUUUUUAGAUCGUGGUGGCCUAUUCUUAUUGCUGUUGGCACUGGAGUGAUUUAUGCUUUGAGAACCUGGUUGCGAGGUCCAAAAUGUGUUGGAGGAAGAAAACUCAAUGGAAAAACAGCAGUGGUAACUGGAGCCAAUUCUGGAAUUGGUAAAGCCAUAGCAAUGGAGUUUGCGCGAAGAGGUGCUCGUGUCAUCCUGGCUUGCCGAAAUGAAACGGAGGGCCAUGCUGUUGCCAGUGAAAUACAGAAGGAGACAGGCAACAUAAACGUUGUUUUCAUGCAACUAGAUCUAUCAUCCUUCAAGUCAAUACAUGCAUUUGUAGAGAAAUUCAAAGAAAAGGAACAACAUCUGCACUUGCUGGUCAAUAAUGCUGGUGUCAACAUGUGUCCUGAGGCAAAAACAUCAGAUAAUUUUGAACUACAGCUGGGUGUGAAUUAUUUAGGAACCUUCUUGCUGACGGAACUGCUACUUGACAAGCUCAGGGCUUCAGCACCCAGUCGUAUUAUCAAUACAUCAGCUGCAGCAGCAAAUCUAGGGGAGAUAAACUUUGACAACAUCAGUUUGACAGGCCAAUAUUCACCUGGCACAGCAUUUGCACAGAGCAAGUAUGCUGUACUCUUGUACACUCUUCAUCUUUCAGAGAGACUAAAAGAGACUCAGGUAACUGUGAAUGCUGUGAACCCUGGUGUUGUGAAUAGCAAAGCCCAUCGCCACAUGCCAUUCAAAAACAACUCAUUUAUUCGAAUCAGUUUUGGACCUUUUGUCUGGUUUCUCAUGAAGACUUGUGAAGAUGGUGCGCAGGUCACAAUUUUCUGUGCCACAGCAGAAGAACUGGAAGGAGUCAGUGGGAAAUACUUCAAAGACUGCCAGGAGGUGAAGCUUGAUGAGCAGAAGACAAGCAAAGAGUUGCAAGAAAAGCUUUACAAGGCCACACUCCAGUGGACCAAGAUGGAAAAAGGAGACUAGAUUUUUACCUAUUCUACUCGUAUGCUUCUGUGGCUGCCAAAGUCAUUGAUUGGCAAAACUGACCACAAAAGGCACCUUUAUGCAAGUUUGUGGCUUAUUCAAGUUAUUAACCCAUAAGCAAUAAUGUACCUUACAACGGGUUUAAUAUACAGCCAACAUUCCUUAGUAAACUGUUCCAGUUUGCGUUUCCAUCUGCACUUGUUUUGCCUGAUCACUAAAAGCAGUGUAUGAAUUCAGUAUCACAUUGUAGUCUUCCAUUUUUGGAAAACUACAUUUGUAUGUCUUGAUGUUGUUUAAGAAUGUGCUCUAUGUAUGUUAAACAGAAAGUAAGUGGAUCUUGUCAGUGCAUUUGUUUCAUAUUUGUAUUCAGAAUAUGUAUAGUUUUAAAAGAAAAAAUAAAAUGUGACUUUUUA